AGUAACGGUGCUCAGGUGGUGGUAACACACAGUUGAUUGAAGCAAACAUGGACGCUACGUUUAAAGCAGUAACUCACAACCCUGGGAUUAUAAUCUGGAGAAUUGAGAAAAUGGAGCUGGUUCAAAUUCCAGAGAAAUCCCAUGGACACUUUUAUGACGGCGACUGCUACGUACUUCUGUCGACCCAGAAGGUGAGCAGUUCAUUGUCCUACGACAUCCACUACUGGAUCGGCUCUGAGUCCUCGCAAGACGAACAGGGUGCAGCAGCUGUUUACACCAUCCAGCUCGACGAGUUCCUGGGCUGCGCUCCUGUGCAACACCGUGAGGUUCAGAACCAUGAGUCUGAUGCUUUCAGAGGAUACUUCAAACAGGGAGUAAUCUAUAAAAAAGGUGGUGUUGCAUCCGGGAUGAAGCACACAGAAACCAACAACUACGAUGUCAGCAGGCUGCUUCACGUCAAAGGGAAUAAAAGAGUGACAGCCCGGGAGGUGGAGAUGAGCUGGAACAGCUUCAACCUCGGAGAUGUGUUUUUGUUGGACGUUGGGAAAACCAUCAUUCAGUGGAACGGACCGAAGUGUAACAAACAGGAAAAACUUAAAGGCAUGUUGUUGGCCAAAGACAUCCGAGACCGAGAGAGAGGAGGUCGGGCAGAGAUCAGAGUUGUUGAGGGUGAAGACGAGAGCAGCUCCCCCCAGAUCAUGAGCUUCCUAAACAACGCUCUCGGAGAGAGAACAUGUGACCUGACCGACGGGCCGCCUGAUGAAUCUGCUGACCAGGAACAGAAGGCCCAACUCACCCUGUAUCAUGUGUCUGAUGCUGACGGCCAGAUGAAGGUCACCGAGGUUGCCAGCAGACCACUGGUCCAGGACCUCCUCAACCAUGAUGACUGUUACAUUUUGGACCAAGGAGGGACGAAGAUCUUCGUGUGGAAGGGAAAAAAAGCUGACAAAGCUGAGAAACAGGCUGCGAUGACCAGGGCUUUGGAAUUCAUAAAAACCAAGGACUAUCACAGCUCUACAAACGUGGAGACGGUGAAUGACGGCGCCGAGUCGGCACUUUUCAAGCAGCUGUUCCAGACUUGGACCGUUAAAGACCAGACUCAGGGUCUGGGCAAAAUACACACCAAAGGGAAAAUUGCUCACAUCUCACAGGAGAAAUUUGACGCCUCACUGAUGCAUGUUAUGCCGGAAAUCGCGGCACAGGAGCGGAUGGUGGACAACGGCACAGGUCAAGUAGAGGUGUGGAGAAUUGAGAAUCUGGAGCUGGUCCCUGUGGAGCCAGAGUCGUACGGAUACUUCUACGGAGGCGACUGCUACUUGAUCUUGUACACCUAUGCAGUCAGCAGCAAGCAGUGUUACAUUCUGUACAUAUGGCAGGGCCGUCAUGCGUCACAGGACGAAGUGGCGGCCUCGGCUUUUCAGGCUGUGGCCUUAGAUGACAAGUACGGUGGUGAACCCGUCCAAGUGAGAGUGACCAUGGGCAAAGAACCCAGACAUUUCAUGGCAAUGUUCAAGGGUAAAAUGGUCAUCUUCGAGGGAGGCACAUCCAGGAAAGAAGCCUCUGACCCAGAGCCUCCGAUCAGACUGUUCCAGGUCCAAGGAUCAGAUCCGUCCAAGACGAAAGCCAUUGAGGUUUCAGCCCUGUCCUCCUGCCUGAACUCCAACGACGUGUUUUUACUGAAGAGCCAAACAGGGAUUUACCUGUGGUGUGGAAAGGGAUCAAGCGGAGAUGAGAGGGCUAUGGCCAAGGAGGUCAGUGCCGUGAUUGGUCAGAAUCUGUCGGAGGAAACUGUGGCAGAGGGUCAGGAACCCAUUGAAUUCUGGGAAUUGCUUGGAGGCAAAGCUCCAUAUGCGAGUGAUAAGCGACUACAGCAGACCGCUCCGGACCACCAGCCACGCCUGUUUGAAUGCUCCAAUAAGACGGGCCGCUUCAUCGUGACGGAGGUCACUCAGUUCACCCAGGAUGACCUCAGUGAAGACGAUGUCAUGUUGCUGGACACGUGGGACCAGUUGUUCCUCUGGAUUGGCAAAGAGGCAAAUGAGGUCGAACGCAAAGAAGCUGUGGUCACAUGUCAGGAGUAUCUACGCACUCACCCGGGCAACAGAGACCAAGACACACCCAUCAUCCUGGUCAAGCAGGGCUUCGAACCACCCACCUUCACUGGUUGGUUCAUAGCCUGGGAUUCGGCCAAAUGUUUUGGAGGAAAGAGCUACGAAGAGCUGAAGAAGGAGUUGGGAGAUUCAGUGUUACCUGUUCCCGUCACAGUCGUAAAUGAACAACAGCCUGUUGAAAAGGAGGAAAUCUCACAGUCGUUUCCACCUGAGGACCUGAUCAACAAGGCUGUGGAUGAGCUGCCUGAAGGUGUGGAUCCAGCCCAGAAAGAGGAUUAUCUGUCAGACUCGGAUUUCAACAGUGUAUUUGGGAUCAGCAAAGAUGACUUUGUGAAUCUGCCACGGUGGAAACAGCUGAACAUGAAGAAAGAAAAGGGUUUGUUUUGAUUUGUGUCUUCUUUUUUUAUUAUUUUAAUUCUACUCUGAUCUCUCCCAUUCACAUGGUGUGUGUUUACCAGAUGUCAUAGAAGUAUUUUAGCUGUUUGAAGGAUGGUACAAGUUUUCUGUUACUUUGCCAAUGUUCUUCUAGUUCUGAUCCUCUACUCGUUUGUAUUAAAUAUGUAGUGUGUGAACUUGUUAUUUUACGUCUCAUGGAUCUUUUCUCACAAAAACACUGAGCUCAUAUGUUAUUAAUAGAUUAAAGAGACAGCGACGCUGCAUUUCUUUACGGACCAAGUCAUCAGGACUGUGUUUUUAAUCUAUUUGAAUAAAUGAAAAUCGACGCUUUCUCUUCUUUAGGUUAAACUAACUUCAGUCUGCCCUCUUGUGGUAACAGC